CGUGCUGUCACCAUUCAUUGAGUGCUAGCAAACUACAUUUUGCCUCACUCUUUCCUCAAUUUCAGAACCAAGUUCUGCGAAAAGAGAGAAGGGAGAAGGGAGAAGGGAGAAGGGAGCGCGAUCCCAAAUUACUAUAUUGAGCAGAGAAGGGGGAGAAUCUGGAGUGAAGAAGAAUCAAUACCGGACAAUUUAUUCCCAUGCAAUCGUCCCCCACACAGCAAGAGGAGCCCGAGGAGACCGAAUCCCGUCUCGGGAAUUCCCACUGGGCACCGUGGAGAUCUUACCCUAUCCCACAGAAAAUAAUAAGCCCAUCUGGCUCGGUCGAACCUCAUUUAGGUUCUCCGAGGAUAGUACUCUCUUUUUUUCUUUUGGUACAGGACGUUCCCAGCCGCCGGCAGCGGGAGUCUUUCCAUCACUCACGUUCAGAAUCUAGUUCCCAGGCGUUUGCUUAUGUUUGGUCUGUGCGAACCCGGCCUGGAUUGCAGAUAGGCCAUAACCCUCAGAGAAAAUUGAAACCAUAUCAUCGUUUCUUUUUUGCUUUGUCUUGCGGACAGGCAACAAGUUCAUUUGACAAGCGCCACCAGCAAGCGCGAGCCAGAUUUCGAAGGACCUAUCCUACCGACUAUACGUACAUUACCAUUUUACUACUGAGUGUGUCCAGAUGCUUGCUGUAACCUCAUUAACAAAAGAAAAAAAAACAUUGAACCAAACAUAGUAAGGUGAGAAACCCUCCCAAGAGCCGUGCGCGGGGGUUGCCCAAUGUAGAAUGACGGUUGAGCUACUACGAAGUACUAGGACGAGCUAUGGCCUCACUCGAACCAUGGUUCAUCGCGGACAUACCCCCAGGCAAUCCCCCACCUCUCCCGU